CUUUUUGCUCAGUUUAACCUCAAACUUGAUACUAAAUUGUGUUAUCUGUAAGGGUUGAGCUUUUAUAAGUUUGUUCUGUGUAAAGUGACUAUUUUAGUACAUUAACAUUUAUUUUCGGAAACAGUUUACCUGUGAUCUAGACUUCAUAACAAAGUUAAAAUGUUUAAGCGGUUAUCAGAAUUAGGCCAAGCAAAGUUAAAGAAUUUAGAAUCAACAGAAUUAUCUGACUAUAUUGAAUCGUUAGAUGUAAAUGUGAUAAUUUCAAACAUAACUGAAAAACUGCUUAGUCCUGAAGCUCCACAGGCAUUGAACUAUCUCCUUUUGGGCUUUACAGACAAAAGUGUUUCACAGAAGAAAAGACUAAAGCUGUGUCUAGCCAUUAUUAAAGAAAUCCAGACUUGUGACAUAUCAAACCGCAGUGCUGUUGCUCUUGUCAGUCGCAUUGCCCAGGAGUUGGGGAGUUUUCCAACAUCACACCUAGUCGCCAUAGCAGAGGCAUGUGUGGACUUUAUCCGUUCUUCUGAAUCAGACAGUCAGACCAGCUGGAAGGACUUGUUGCCUAAAGUGCUGAGUGAAGUAGACUUACACAGAGAAGUGGAAUAUGCAGGAGCUGAAAUGUCGGGUUCAGAGUUUAAGCAGAGAAUCGUUCAAGUAAUUUGUUCUUCUACAUGGAAUCCUGGUAUUGUUACUUCAUUGGCCGCCAUGUUCAUAGAAAUCCAGCUAACUGAGGAAGAACAUCAGCAAGUGGUCAACAAGCUGUGUACCUAUUUUGACAAAAUGUCACCACAAGAAAUACCCCCAUUGAUACACCAAAUGCUAAUACUCUGCAAGAACCAGCACGGUGUUACGGUUUUUCUCUCCUUGCGAAGAUACUUCAGUUCAAAAGUAUACAAUAAAAAAGAUGUACCUGAAGAUUUGGAUAGUAUCACCUGCGUAUCGGAAAGUGACAGCAAGGAGAUUUCAGACUGUGAGAGCAUGGUUCUCUAUCACACAGAGGAAUCGGCCAAACUAUCUCGAGGUUGUGUCACUGAUCUGCUUAAAUUUACUAAGAACUGUGUAAGCAUCCCGGAGAUCAUCUUGGAUCCUUUCCUACUGGCUGUACUGCUCUCACUCUCCACCAUCUCUGCUUACGAACAGCAGGUGAUGGAGACCCUUAAAACUGCCAUUCUACGCAGUGCUCAAGAAGAGGAACGGCGGAAGGAAUCUGCUUGGCUGAGACAGAUGGUGUCACCUCAGAAGGACUUCAAUGAAGUUCUUUUAAAGCUGAUACAGAGCAAUGUCUGCACACGAGACAAGGUGUUAAAGGGACUGGUGAACUUCUGUAUGUCACUGCUGAACAUCCAAGCCUCCAAGAGCAAGGAAGGUACAGCGGAGAUCCUGUGGAAGUACGGCCGCCACUCACUGGUCUAUGUGGUCAAGCGACACCGCCAGGUUGCUCAGACUGUACUGCAGACUCUCACUGACCACAUCAUUACCGGUCAGAACGUCACACAGUAUACAGAUUGUUUGGUGAAGCUGUGUAGUGUAGCGCCACUGGUGGUAAUAGACAACUUGCUGAUUCUCCUGAGACUCUUAGACUUCCUGGGUCAGUUGCCACCCGCCAUCGCUCGCAGGGUCAUCACUGCAGUCCUCUCAUUGGUGCGCAUCUCCACCAAACUUCGGGACUCUUUCAUUCUCAUUCUACGGAAGGCGUUGUUUUCAAGGGAGAUAGAGACACGCAAGAUUGCUGUGAUGGGUUUCCUCCAGCUGCUCAAACUUCUCAAAGUGAAAGGUCUGGCAGCUUUGAGUCAGAGUGAGCAGAGCUUCUCUGGGCCCAGCGUGUUUACACAAAUCUGUAUGGAGGUGCACACUCAAAACAGUAUGUCCAGCAGUAGUUCUAAUGAAGCCAUUUGCCUUGAAGUGCUGGGAGUUCUGCGGAGAUGCUUCAUGCAACAGGCACCUGUCAAAAUCUGUCUUUACGAAGGUCUCUACGACGCAUUGUGUCGGAACCCUGAGCUGUGCUGUAGUGUGAUGGAUUCUCUACUGGAACACUUUAACCAGUUCUACCCUCAAGACCAGAACACUCUGCCUCCCAUUGAAAUCAGCAAAGCUAUCAUAAUUCAAGGUGCUGAAAUUGUCUUACAGGAACCUGUGGGCAAGCUAGUGUUUGUGAUGCAGCAGGUGGCACUGAAAGCUCUGGAUGUGUACGGGGAGGAUGACCAACCUCGCAGUUUGGACAAACUAAGAGCUAUCCUGGAUUCGUUGGUGACUCGUUACUCCCAGUGUGACUUGAUUCACUUUGAACUGGAUGAGAACACAAACUUCUUGGACAUUUUACCCGAAACUCUCAAGAUGCAGGAGAUCGUACGCCAAACUAUUGGUGUAUACCAGGCUCUUACAGCAUACACAGUGAAUGCUUGGACUCCGGCUUGUGAUGUUCAGCAAGGCCAAAAACUGCUUGGUCUCUUCAAAGCUCAGAAUCUAUUAGUUGACUACAUCAAGAACUGUAAACCUGCCAAGAAAGAAGCUGGAGCAGGCAAAAAAGACAAAGAGAAAAAUUUAGGUCUGAAGAAACCUCCAAUCUUCAAACUUCCAGAAACUGUUUUGGAUUUUUCAUCAGUAUACAGAUUGUUAACUUUACAUCUCAGUGAGGAUGUGCUGUGGGCUACUGAUGAGUCAAUCGAAGAUGUCCGCAGUCGAAGGCCACUGUUUAGAUACGCUACACAGACAGCACUGGAGGUGGUCCAGCUCUCUAAGGCUCAGAUGUCAGUCUGUAAAUCCUCUACAUUGCUCAAGCCUAUGACGGAGCUAGCCAGGCUUCUAUAUGAGAGGUGCUUGAAACGCUACAAUGAGGUGUCACAGUUUGAGAACGAUGCUGCUGUCUCGUGUAUUGAGUGUUUAUACGAGUUGCUCUCCAUUCUGUUCACCCACGUUAGUCAGAUAUCUCCCAUACUUGCUGAGAUAGUGGGUGUGGAGUCAGACAAGGAUCUGGCCAUGCAGCUGAAGCCAAUAAUCAAGGCAUUUCAGCAGCUUCUAGUCGACACCGUCAGCCAAGAGGAUGACGAAGACAAUGUCUUAGACAAACAGCUGUUACACGUCAUCAUCUCCUGUGUGUCCAUGCUUGCUCUCAAGUUGCCUCCAGACCAUGCGUAUACUUCUAAGCUGCUGGAUUGGCUAACUGACUUUGCACUCAAGAGGAACCUACCCACAAUUCCACUCACCAAAAGCUAUCUCACUCUCCUGUUGGCCAUGGUGGCUCGAUGUAAGGCUGAAGCCUCCCUCCUGGACUCGAUAGCCAUACAGCUUUCACAUUUGUUUGGCUCUGUGAAUGAAGUGGAGGUGGAAGAAAGCCCACUAUCCCUGAGCUUAGUAACUGAUACAACCAUGGCAAUUGCCUUACCUCUGCUGUGUAAUAACAUAUCUGCCAGUCUGGACCAGGUCGAGUGGCUGGUGGCGAGACUGCGGGCCGAACAGGCUACAGUAAUGCUCCCAGCUGUUACAGGAGAUAGUCCAAGAUCAAGACGAGAGAGGAUUUGCAGAGAAGAGAAGAAUGUAGUAAGUCAGCUGGGACACUGUGUGAAUGUCACACAGUCACUGUGUUGUGUGGCGGUACCAGCAGGACCUUGCACAGAGGCUGUGUUCCGGCUGUUGUCUCGCUCUUACACUGUACUCACAGCCCUCACCAAGUACUUCACCUCCAAGUGUUCUCCGCAGUGUGUAGACUAUCAGCAUGCCAGGUUUGGCAAACUGGUGAAGCUGGCUGGUUCCCAUCUCUCCAGCCAAGUGGCAGAUCUAAUUCUUUAUGUCGAGGAACUGGGAAAAGACACUAAAGACAAGAAAGUGAAGGAGGCUCAGGUACUGAGUCAGGCCCGCAAACAAGCUAUUUACAUCCCUCGGUUGGUAUCUGACCUGGAGAACUUCUCCAAGGCUGUCACUCUACUCAGUAAGAAGUGCAAGGAUGAUGGUUUGAUAACUAAUAUGAAAUUGACAACAACAAGAGAUUUCCGUAUAAAUACCAAAAAACUGCAAGAAGUGAUGCGGCGCAACCAUGAGGGUGGUUCAGAAGACGAAGAUAUGGAGAUAUCUCAUGUGCAACCGAGCCAAGGGAACUCAUCAGUUGUCAGAGGCAAGGAAAAUGAGCCCCAAGUAUCCCAAAGGGAGAGAGGAAAUUCAUCACAGCCCCCAGCAAAGAAGCUUCGUUCAAAAUAACUUGAAAAGUAUUUAAGUUACCGAAUGUUACAUGUUCUGUUUCAUUCAUCUUCAUUUUCUUUAAGAUUGUUAUGCAAUCCCUUUUAAAAUCCAAACAAUACUGCAGCAUGUAAAAAUUACACAAUUAUACUAAAUUUAUCUUUAUGUCAUGCUCUGUGGAUUGAGGCACUUCGGUUUCUCAGUCUCAAUACAUGUCCUGUGUUCUUUAAAUUGUUGGCCUUUUCCCCUUCCUUUGUGCAUUUACUAGAGUACAAACACAUUUCAGAAAAAUCUGAGGCAAAUUAUUUUGCCAAAAGUAAAAUUCUUCCAAAUGCAAUUAGCAUAGCUAUUAAUUCAACUGAUUGACAACGGUUAGCAAAUUGCGUCAAUUAAUCAAAACACUACAACAUAAAAAUAAUAAUACUUUCAUACAUACAUCCUCACACUUACCAGGAGUAGUUUUAUCAUACUUUCAUCCUCCAUAAUUGUUAUGAGAUAAAUAAAUGUAAAAAUUAUUGUAACUUUUAAAAACGUUAGAAACUUAAUUUAUAUUUUAUAUUAUUUAAUGUAAGUGGUCUUGGUAUCUGUACUUUUAACUCUCAUAGUGGCAUCAAAAUCAUCUGUAAAACCUAUAAUCAAUGUUGUACUUUAAAUGUAACUUGAUGUAUAUAAAUUCUUCAGAUCAAGUUGUGUACAAAACUGUAAACCUAACAAUUUUUUAAAAUUAGAAUGUAUAUUUAUUAUUUUUUUCUAAAAUUUGUAAAUAACAAAAAUUAUAUUUAUGUCUAAAUGCUGACCCAUAAGUAUGUACAUUUACAAAUCCAAACGUUGUGUUCAAAAUAUUAUUUUUAUUUCAGAAACAUAGUUGUAUUGACUUAUUUUGAAAAAGUAUAUUUUGUUGAUGUAUGUAAAUACACACAUGUUCUUUACAUUUUUAGGGAAUAGACAAUAAACCAAGAAAUGCCUAUAAGCCAAACUAUAAUAAUUUAUACAUUUCUGUUCAGAAAUAAACUAAAUAAUGUAUUGUAAAUUAAUUUGUAUAAGCAAACCUUUAUUUACUACAUGGUAAAUACAUGGAUCCAGCUAUAGACGAAUGACCAGGAAUAAUUUACAACAGACAUAGAGGAGGCAAAUGAAAGAAACUGUUAUUGAUAUGAAGAUUAAUUCAUCUUCUUCGCAACCAUAUGAUAGAGAUUCAGAACCCGGUUUACUCUCCAUAAUCAUGUUAAGCAUUACAUGAGUGCAUUUUAGCGGUGAUGGUUGACAUGAUUUUGCAGGUUCUUAUCUAUUCUUUUUUAUUUCUUCCAUCUUCUUGUUAUCUUCUGCUUCUUGCUUAUCACUGUCCAUUUUGUAGUGACUUUACUCGUCACUACCCACUUCUUCACUAUAACUUAACUGUUACUAAGUUAAAACUCUAAAGGUUGGUUUUUCCAAAAAUUAGAAUACUAUGUUCUUCCAUUAUUAUUAUAAAAUUAUCAUUAGUUUUACUGUUUUUAUAUCAUUUAAAGUCCUCAACAAUGAGUAAAAAUAUUGUUUCUUUACUAAAAUAACUGUUGUCUUUAGUGUUAUUUAUUAUAGCCCUCUAUUUAUAUAAGACCUUGUUAUUUGUAUGGUUUUUAUAAUAAAUAUUUAUGUACAAUUUA